AUGAGAGUAAUCAAUGAUCCGAACCUCUACUACACAGUGGCUACCGUUCUCCAAUGGGCAAAAGAAAUGUUCACGGCCUUGGUUUAUUUAGAAGAUCGGAAGGUCAUUCAUCAAGAUAUAAAACCGGAAAAUAUUUUUGUCAACAAAGAGUUCGCAUUGAAAAUUGGUGAUUUCGGCAUAAUGCGACGACUCGAUUUAAAAGAUGAUGGUGUUGAUGGCGGAACUUGGCCAUACAAGCCACCGGAAAAAUGUCAAGCUGACUACGAGCUUUCCCAUCAAAUCGAUGUCUUUGCUGCAGGAUUGGUACUCUGGGAGGUGAUCGAGAGACGAAAUUUGACGGCGCCCUUAGUCCCGAUUAGUUUCACGAAAAAUUCCCUUGAACUUGCAGAAUUGCACGAUUUGGUCAAAAGCUGUUCCGAUCGAUCAACGCCCUGGUAUGAGCGCUUCGAUUCGGGCUCGCAGGCUCUCGAAGUGGUGGAAUCACUAGAAAAAGAAGAGAAAUUCUCUCGAUUGCAAGUAAAGCCAGAAAGAAGGUUUGAGGAGCGAAUGCCAAAGGAAAUAACGAAAGAUGAUUUUCAUUUUGAUGACGAUGAUCUUCAUAUUUCAACCAUCUCACUUUCCGCUUUACAAGAGACUCCAAGACAAAAGAAUGUGAGAAGCUUGAUUGCACAUCUUGAAGAAGAUGAAGAAUCGGUAACGAUCGACAAAAGCGAAACCGAUUUGCUCAUCCCACCGCUUUCCUCAACACUUUGGGACUUUCAUUAUCGAGAACAGUCUCAAGAGAAGAUGCCGAAAGAAAAAGAAAUCAGCUACGAGAUCGCGCCUUCAAAUAACCAAACAAGAAUGACAUCAAUAGAAUCUUCAUUUCACCUCUCAGAGCUUGCUUUUACAUCUUUACAAAUUUCGAAAGAAUCCAGAAUUCAAGAGUCCAUUAUUGGCUUUCAAAUGAUGAACAAAAUCGAUCGAGAGACUCACUUUGAUCGAAUCAGAGUUAAGGCAAAUGCCUGUGAUUUUGGAGAUUUUGAUCACAUUGAGAUCGGCAACUUUCACUCUGAUUUUCUUGAUGUAAACGAAGUCCGAAGGAAAAUAGCUAAACGUUUCUUAAAGGCUAUUCGACAAAUGACUACUGAACAACAAAAGCUUAUCAGAAAAGAAAUGGAAGAUUUUAUUGGUUUUGUUUCAUUGAUUGAACCCGAUGAAACGUUCCGACAUGGAAAUCCUAAAUGGGGUGAAAAAUACUUCCGAGAGCAUGGAGCUUCAACAAAGAAAGUGAAAAAAGAGAACUCGUUUUUCACGGAAGACUUUCAUUUGGAAUCAAUCUCGGUGUGUUGUCGGGUAACUUGCCGCGGUUUAGUGUACAUUGCACUAAAUGAUCUACGAGAGUUUCUUGAACAAAUGGCUAGAAGUAUGAGUGGUUGGCAUGAAGAAUUGUCACAACCCAUUGAGGAAGACGAGGAAGAAGAAAGGAAUUGGAUGAAAAAAAAGAUUGCGAAUUUUUGGAUUAAAUUGAAGAAAGAACUCAUCCCAAUAAAACCCUAUCAAAUGUCAGUUUUCCAAGAAGAUUCUCCUUUUCGACCAUUCUUUAAACCUGUGGAAAAAAAGCGCCAAAUAAACGAAAGCACCGAGUGCUUGGAGUUGCUUUUUGGAAAUGGA